AUGAGGAGGGCUAAACGGGAAGAGCGUAGGAGGCGAUUACAGGAGGUUAGAGAUGCAAGACCUGAUGAUAAUAUAGAUGAUGAGAAGGAUGUGGAGGCUAUUGAGGAGGCUAAGGCCAGUAUCGGUAACCAUAUCCUCAAGUUAAGUCCACAGUAUAAACUACCAGAGAGGAUGAAUACUGAUAGUAAGAUGAGGCAGAUGCUAUUCUUAGAAGAGGCUGUACAUAGUAUUAAGACUAACUUCAAUGCACAGGUAGCUACUGCUGAUGAGGAGAGGACAGUGCUAGAGUUGAGGUCGCUCAAGAGACAGCUUAGGCAACUCCUUAUUGAGGAUCUGGGCAAACUAAGGGAUAUCAAUUCUACGUUAGGGGGUAGAGAUGAUGAUGUUGGGGAUGGAGUAGUUGGGCAAACACUAGAGAGAAUAUUCCCCGAGUACUGCUACCAACAGAAGGGGGGACAGAUCGUUGUGGUCUUGGAGGAUAUCAUUCAAGAGCUUCGUAGAGAGUCACCAGAGGAGUACCCAGAGAGGAGAUACGAUGAUAUCAUUACUACGUUACUCCCCGGCCCCCCAAAGGAACUGGUAUGCGGCCUUAUCCUGAGUAAUGGUAAGAAGGAGCCUCUAGCAGCUGUUAAUAGGGAUGAGGCGGCUCUGAGUAUAUUGAAGGAUCCUAGAGAGACGGAGCGUAUUAGGGGAGACCUAUUGUUCGCACAGGAAGGUAUCCUUACGAGAGUUAGAGAGGCUGUCGAGUCCUUUAACAAACGAGUAACUGCUUUGAGUAGUGAGAAGGCUAAGUUGGAUACAGAUCUGAAGAUGGCACAGAUUACUUUGAUUACCUUGUUCAAAGAAUUAGCCCUACUCAGUGAGCUCGGAGAGGCUGAUGCAGCAUUGUAUGCUAAAUUGGAUAAGAUUAUGCAGGAGAUGUCGGUAGUGAUGAUGUCAAUUGAUGAGUGUCAGAAGACCCUUGCUGAUAAGAGGGCCAGAGUCGAAGCCUGGCAAAGAGAGGAGCUUAAACUGAAAGCUGAGUUUGAUAAGCUCCUAGAUGAGAAUGAUGCUCAUCAAUUCUCCAAUGCUCUUAUCAAGAUAUAUCGUCGUAAGAUAAAGAGGAGGUCGAAGAGGGAUGGUCAACACGAUGAUGAUAGUAGUCUUGAUUCUGACAUCAACUCUGCUGCUGAUAGGUGA